AUGUCAUCCCCUCGAGCGCAUUUCCGUACCAAAUGUCAUUCCUAUGUUUUUAUGGUGUUGAUGAUUCAAUGGAUUGGACUUGUAGUGAUGAUGAAUGAGAAUCAUCAGUAUGGUUAUGGUCAUCCUUCUUCUCAAAUUUCGGAAAAGGUUCAACAAGUGUUAAAUCGAAUUUUACAUCCAACAGAACAUGCUCCGAGAGGAAGAAAUAAUUUUGAAUUUUCGAAAACAGUUCGAGAGAGUACGGAAUUGAAUCGUCAUGAUGAUGAAUUUUCAGCAGCAUGGAACACACGGUCACAUCGAAUGACAAGCAACACGAUGCAAGAACAGAAUAUUUUCAAAUUGGCAUCUGACAGCUCUUCUUCGGUUUCAUUCACUACUUGGAAUGCAGAACUGAAUCAAUAUCCUAAAAACCUUCAACUCAAUUUCACACUCUAUGUGGACCCACAAUCCUCUCUGUCAUUGAUGUGUGGUUUUUCUCGAGACAGGCCUUGUCCUUUACUUUUUCACGCUUUAUAUUAUUUGAAUCAAAAACUCGAACGAGAUUUUUAUAAUUUCACACACACGCUUACAAAUUUCAAACGAGCCAUUAUCAUUGAUAUAAUUCUCAUGAAUGAUCUUUCAGAAUGUAGCGCUUCCCUUCAAUCCAUGCCGUUUCCUAAUUUGAAAUAUCUCAUCAAAAUUCAAUCAGAUCCAUUACAACCAUUGAAAACAUUUCUUUUUGAAUGUGGACAAAAUUAUCAAGUACCAAUUAUUGGAAAUGGUCGUUUAGAUAUUCGAGUCGUCAUGUUUCACAAUAUUCAACUCUCAAUCUAUCAGUACACUUGUGUGGGUAUUAAUUACAUCAUUUCGAAUACGAAAUUUAUUUAUACCCAAAUAUUGACAAAUUUCGAACCUUGUGGCUCUAACAUUGUUAAAGGAGAUUACAUACUUUUGGAGAAUUGUCAAGUAUUUGCUGGCGAUCUUUUAUAUUUAUUUCCAUUUCAUUAUUCUCAAGUUAUGUUGCUAGGAAUGAAAGGCAAUGGACGAACGUCACUCAUUUUCAUACAAUAUGUCUCACAGGUCGUGAUUAAGGAUUGGGAUUUUCCGUUUAGCACUCACUUUUUUCAAGACGUUGACACGUUACAAGUUUUGAAUUCCAGAAUUUUUUCACAAAGCUUGACUUUGAAUAAGGUCACAAAUGUGAUUGUGCAAAACACACUAUUUGAAAAUUUUAAUGGAUUGGAUUAUGCUUCGUUUUAUGCAGAUUUUGGAAAUGCAGUUAGUUUUAAAAAUGUGAGCGCUGAAAAUGGAGAACAAUUUAUGCAUGUUCAGGGCUACCUUAGUGUAGAGAUGUCAGAUGUCAAAGUACAGCACAAUGACCUUCAGAGAAUAACAAGACCCGAAACUAAUUUUCGUGAGCUCAACGCAAUCAUUUCUAUCACUCAGACAUUUCGAGUGAACAUUGUAAAUUCCUUAUUUUUCAACAAUACUGGCAAGCUAGGAUCCUCAUUAUACAUGGACAAUAUUUAUGUCAUGGAUAUCGUCUCGUCCUCAUUCAUUUCGAAUACUGCAGAAUCAGGAGGUGCCAUCUAUGUUUAUUCCUUCUCCAAGACAUACAUUUAUGGAAGAUCCGAAUUCAAAAAUUGUUUAUUUGACAACAACUCGGCACAACAUUCUGGAGGAGCUGUAUAUAUUCGAAUGGGAUUUUUAAUCCUUUUCACAGCAUGUGAUUUUAGAAAUAAUCGAGUGGUCUUCUCAGGAGGUGCCUUUUACGUGGGAUAUGCCAUCCGUUCGAUUCUCAUUGAUUAUUCUGUAUUUAGAAAUAACACAGUCAGUGGAACGUCAGCAUUUGAAAGUGCAGGUGGUGCCAUUGCCAUUACCUAUAUUUUUUCAUCGUCAAAACCACAAGAUUUCAAACCUCUUCAAAAUGCUCUCUUUAUUGAAAAUUCUGCUCCUCGAGGAGGUGGAAUCUAUUAUUACCCUCGAUUCAGUGAAGGAGUACAAUUAAGAAAUAUUACAUUUGUGAGAAAUAGAGCAACCAUUAGUGGAGCUGCCAUGUUCAUUGCUGGAGGUUAUCAAAUUGGAAAUGACUCCAAGAUGGUUUUUAUGGACAAUCAUGCAAAAUAUAGUACAGAUGUGGGAUAUCCAAUUUUUACCAUCCAAGUCUAUGGUAAAUCUCUUAUGGAUGAUACGAAACAUUUAAAUUCAGAAAAAAACCUUAAUGUAUUUCAUCAUGUCAUUCCUGGAAGUAUUUAUGAAUUUCAUGUGGAAGCACGUGACGAGUUGGAUCAUUAUUUACCUGCAAAUUCAGAAAAUUUAGUCAUUGAAAGCCAAAAUCCAUUCGUGUAUGCUCACAAAUUAUUCACUCAUCCAGAUCGUAUUCAAAUGAUAUUUUAUAUUUUGACCAAUGACACGUUCUUUUAUGGAGAUCAAUCAUUUGUGAAUGUCACUGUGACCUUUGCAGGAGAAAAAUCCAACAUGCCUACUGAAGUACAAGUGAAUAUUCAAUCGUGUCCUGCCCAAUACAAACUCGAUAAGGUUCCUACUGAGCUUGGAAAGAUUGUUUACGGAUGUGUGGAAGUUCCACAAACGAAUUAUCUGUUAAUAUUUGGAAUUGCAAUUCCAUUGAGUAUUUUCACAUUUAUUAUGGGAACGAUCAUUGCCAUUGUGGUGACAUAUUCUGUAAAGACCAUUCGUAGAAAAUUGAAAAAACUUCAAGAAAAGGAACGCGCUGAACAUGAAAUGCAACAAAAAUUAAUUGACAAGAAUUUGAUUUUUGACAUUGACAUUGACAGUGAAGAAUGUGUGUCAGGAAGAGAUGAACUUUCUCUCGCUGGAUGGAAUCAUGAAAUGAUGGAUCAACAAAUCCCAAAAAUACCCAAAAACAUGUCAUCAAAUUCAAGUGGCAGCAAGGGAAGUCAUUCUUCUCAUAGUAAGAAGAGCAAUUCUUCGAGUUCGAAAAGUGAUUUGGAAGUUCCCUUAUUGUCCUAUGAUCCACAACAGAAGGAAGCUUCAAUUUCACAAAUUAAUAAUUUCAUUAUUCCUAUUGAGGACAUUAAGAUUGAGAGAAAAAUUGGUGAGGGUGGAAAUGGAGUGGUAUAUUUGGGAUUAUGGCGAAACUUGAAGGUAGCCAUUAAAUCUGUCAAGGCGUUCGACCUUUCUGAAGAAGAAUCUGAUGAGUUUGAUAAAGAAGCAGCCAUUCUGAGUCGUUUACGGCAUUUCAAUGUCGUUCAAUUCUAUGGAGUGACUGUAACAAAACAAAGCAAGUACAUGAUUACAGAAUUUUUAUCGAAGGGCAGUCUCGAUCGAAUUAUUUAUCAAUCGAAAAAUGGAAUUCUUGUGUUGACUCUUCGAAAAAGAAUUAAUAUUUUGAUUGAUGUUGCCAAUGGAAUGGAUUAUUUACAUUCGUUGAAACCUGCUAUUAUUCAUCGUGAUUUGAAACCUGGUAAUAUUUUACUCAAUGAACACUUUUCAAGUAAGGUUUGCGACUUUGGUUUGGUACGUCUCGUAGGCAACACUGCACAAAGCUUGACCAAAAACGUUGGAACUCUUCUCUACCUCGCUCCAGAAAUUAUUUCCUUAGACAAUUAUUUGACCAGUCAGACCAAUAUGGAAACAACGACUUCAACAAAUCCACAAAAGAAAGGUAAUUUACUUACCAAAGUCGAUGUCUAUUCCUUUGCCAUUGUCAUGUGGGAAUUGCUAUUCGAAAAGACACCAUUUUUAGAAUUUCCUCUUGCAGAACAUGGUAACAACAGAAUGGUCGGUGGAGCUGGUUCGACUUACCGAGUUCCAAUUCUCGUAUCGAAAGGCGAACGACCCCAAGUGUUGGAAAAUCAAGAGCAAAUUCAGAAAUGGCUUUCGACUCGAAAUCCCCAACAAUUACCAGAUUUAGCUGAGUUGAAAGAUCCUGAUGAAUUUGUAGCGAGAUAUAUUCAAUUAAUGAAAACGUGUUGGGACCAGACACCACAGAAUCGACCUUCGUUUUCUCAAAUUUUGAAACAACUCGAAGAAUUGGCCAAGAUGUUUAACUAA